AUGAGUACUGAAGACAAUCUUUCUACUGAAUUCAGUCCAAAAACUGAAUCAAUCGGCAAAGAUCAACGUCGAUUACUACUGCUCAAUGACGCGAAUUAUGGCAUAGUUCUUUGUUUUCUUGAAAAAUUUCGAUCUGUACUCGAUCUACCAAAUUAUUCAUUGCAACGUCUUGAAGAUCAUCUGAUAAAUUAUGAAGAACGUAAUGCUGUUCCAGCACGUCUUAUUGAUUAUCAUUUUAUUCUACUUAAACGAUUAUCAUUAGCUAAAAAUACUCAACGAGAAAAAUUUGAUUCUAUUAUAACUAAAUUUGCAUCUCGAUUUGAUUUAAACGAUGGUGAUCAUUUGGCAACAGCAGGUUAUUUACAAGCUGAAAUUAAUGUUAAAAUUCGAAUUUUAAAAAAUUUACUAGAAAGCCAGUUCGAUUUAAAUCAAACAUUUAGAAAUACGCUCGUAGAUAAAGCAGCAAGAGAAAUAAAAUCAGCACCAUUAGGUCGUGAUCGUUUUGGAGUUUCCUAUUGGCUUUUCGUGGGAACUGAUUGUUUUGUACGUUUAUUUCGCGAAGAUGCUGAUAUCGAUCGAGCAUGGAGUAAUGUUGCUAAAGAUCGGGAUGAACUGGAAAAUUUUAUUAAAUUAUUAAUUACUGAUUCUACUGUUCGUGAAAAAUUUGCCGAUUGGGCGAUUGAUUAUGAACCAUUUUCUUGUUUGACACCUUCGAAUGAAUUUCAGAAACUUUAUUUACCUUCUGUAACAGAGAUGAAAGAAGAAGAGGAAGAGUAUGCUGAACCCAUGGCGAUUGAAGAUGAAAAACUCGAUGAAUCAACGAAGAAAAGACGUGGCCGGCCAAAGAGCUCAGCUAAAUCAAUAAAAUCUCAAAUUGAAAUCGAAUUGAAACACGAAGAAGCAACUGAUUUAACAUCAAUGGAUGAUGAAACACUUGAAUAUUCUGCCCAACGAAAACGUGGACGACCAAAAGGCUCUAUAACACCAGUGAAAAAAGAAAUCAAACAAGAAGACGACGAAGAAAAAAUCGAACCCACACUCAAUGAUGAUGAAAAGCCAAAUGAACCAAUGAAAAAGAAACGUGGUCGACCGAAAGGUUCAAUAAAAUCAUUAAAUAAUGAAAAAAAUCCGGUCAAUGUAGAAAUAAAAGAAGAAAAACAAGAAGCUUCAUCAAUAUCGGAUGCUCAUGAAACAUCUGAUGUAUUAAUAAAGACAAAACCUGGAAGACAAAAGAGCAUAGCAAAGCAGCAAAUCGAUGCCGAUAUAAAGUCAGAAGAUAUUGAAAUGGCACCCAACGGUGAUGACAAUCUCAAUGAAUCAAUGAAGAAAAAACGAGGACGACCAAGAAGUUCAGUAAGAUCAAUAAAAAAAGAAAAGACUGAAAUCGAAACAGAAGUAAAAAGUGAACCCAAAGAAGAAGCGAUAACACCGGCACGUCGAGGUCGAAAACGUAAAAUUGUUACUGAAGAAAACAGUAAUGAUGAAGAUAACGAUACUCAAAAUGAAGAAUCCUUCGUCUACAAAGAAAAUCUUUCUACACGUCGAUCAGCACGACCACGAAAAUCAAUAGCCACUGAGUCAACGUCUGCUGGCAAUUCAAAAGCAUCUUCACAGGUUCCAGCAGGUAAACGAAAACGUUCAAUGAAUGGCAAAAGUAAAGCUUCCAAUGAUCCGACAACAUCAACAAAUAGUAAUAAAUCAGGCCGCUCUCGUCGUCGACGUAAAGCAACAUCACGACGAAAUCUAAACGAUGAUUUUUGUUUUUCAACAUCAAGUUCAGAUGAACACAUUGAUUAUCUCUCCGACGAUGAAUAUAACUCGGAUGAUUAUUUGCCUAAUGCAGCUGAAAUAGCGAAUGACGAUAAUUUCUUUGAACUUGAUGAAGAUAAUAAUGCAACAGGCGAGCAAUUACGUUCUGCUAAAACUGCACAAGCAUCAACAAUAGUUACAGCAUGUAAGAUAUGUUUUAAAAGUGAUCGCCCAGAAGUUUUAUUAUUAUGCGAUGAUUGUGAUGAUGCUUAUCAUCUUGAAUGUUUACGACCUAAACUUCUAUCAGUACCCGAUGGUGAUUGGUAUUGUCCAUUGUGUGAACAUAAAAAGUUAUCAAAUCAUUUAAUUGAAAAACUAAAAGAACUAUUAAUUAAUUUUAAUAUCGUCGAACAAAAUCGUACUGAAUAUAAUAUGAAGAAAACUCUUGAACGUAAAAUCAAAGCAAAAGAAUAUUCAAGUGAUGAAAGUAUAACGGCAUCGGAAUCUGAACAGGAAAAUCUCGAUGAUAAUCUUCAUGCCGAUGAAUCGAUGUUAUCAAUCAGUCAAACAAAUGAAAAUAGUAAUGUUUCAUCGUCUUAUAUUGAUGAUUCAACGAAAAAUAUUAGCCAACGUGGUCGACAUCGACGUACACGUUUUGAUAUGAAUAAAAUGCUUCACGAUGAUGAAGAAUCCAACGAUGAUUCUGAUAGUGGUGGUGGUGACGAUGAUGAAUAUGUUGAAAACACAACACAAAUUACAAAUUUUGAUUUGCAAAUACCGAAAAAAAUGACACGUCUUCUCAAUCCACGUUAUCGUCCAAUAGCAAGAAAUGAUCAACAAUUAAAACCGAAACCUAUUGCACCACGUUUUCAUCCAACAGCAACUGAUAUAAAUGGUAAACCGACGGCGACAAUAAUCUAUAGUAAUGGCCAUUUGAAUCCUCAUCAAAUGAGACCAAUUAUAGCAAAUUCUAAUCAAACAUUAAAAAUUGUACGCCGAUGGAACGAUGUUCAACGACGUAAUAAAUUUCGCAUAAGUAAUAUGCAAACAAUGAAUGAAACAACAUCAGAUUGUGCUGAUGAAAAUUCAGUAUUCUGUCCGGAUGAUGCAUCACCACCUCGUUCCAAUGAAAGUCGUACAAAUAGUGAUAUGAAAGAUGAUGAUUCAACGAUUAUUCGUUCGAAAAUAACUUUAGUUCAACCGGCUAAUUUAUUACCAAUGUAUAAAAGUUCAACGAAAAAUAUUGUUUCAAAAAAUGAAGUUAAUUUUGAUCGGCUCACUCGUGAUAUUCAGUAUGCAGUGAGUGAAGCAAAUACUUUAUCGGCAAUACCUAAAACUAUGGAUCAACAAAAUGUUAAACGUAUUCAAAAAACAAAUUUUUCGCCAUAUUUAACUAAAGUUUCAGUUCGUCCACUUCCACUGCUAUUACCAAAACCGGUCGGCGCUGGAUACAAAAUUUUUAAAUCAAAAGAUCCGCCAAAUUCUUCAUUGACUACUGCUGACCUUUCGAAUAUUAUUCUUACACCUUCAUCAUCAUCUUCGUUGCUUGAUGUCGAAUGA